GGCCGCUUCGGCGGCCACUGAGAAACGUUAUGGCGGGAAUGGCCGACACGGGGACGAGGACGACAGGGAAGACACAACCAACACGCACACACCGACCGGAAUAAGACAUUCAUCUCGUGUCUUGAUGUGUGUGUUGUGUUGCGCUGUCUACCAGUUGCUCACAGGCGCCGACUUCUCCUAUGCCAUCGGUGACGAAGUGAGCCCCCCGCACAGUGCCAUACAUCACGCCACACCAGACCAGACCAGAACGUCACUGACACACGUACUUGCUGUACCUGCGUCCUGUUCCUGCACAAUUCAGAGGUGGCUGGAUUUCAUGAGCAAUGAGUCGGCUUGGCAGGAAUAUCUCGUGACUAGCUUGAAAGCAGGGCGUGAGCGAGAGGACGAUCAGCGCCCUGACGGCCAUGAUGGCCCACGACAAAAAGUCGAGACCCACAGCCAAGGAGGUGAGGGGAUAAAUCCCACACACCACCCCGCCCACCCACCACGACAGAUGCACUAACAUCUCGUAUGCAUGGGUGUGUAUGUGUGUGUGUGUGUGUGUGUCUGUGUCUUACUUAUCCGUGCACGCACUCGUGCAUGCAGCUGCUUAUGGAUGGCCCUCUCUGUCUGUGUGUUGCCCUCCUGCCUCAGAAGUAGAUAUCGCAGCGGUUGGCGGACUCAUCAAGGACAUGCUCCGCCCGUACACCAUUCGGGAUGCGUCGAGCAACCUCCAGGUACCACCACCCCCACUCACUCAUUCACACUCAGGGAGGGAGGGGGAACGUGGAGCGAUUGGACGUGUCUUGUGGUGUCUGUCUUCAGGUCAAGUUUUCCAUCGACUGUCACCAGUGGGCCAGCGACAGAGGAUUCCCUGCCGUGCCGAAGAUCCUCAGCAGAGCGACGGACGAGGUGUGCCACAGCGUGAUAAUGGAGAAACCUUACAUGGAUUUGCGCGCAUUCAUCAAAAAGCGGUAAGACGAGAAGGCAUGUGAUUGUGUUGUCGCCCGACAUUGAUGACUGCGUUUCUCCCUCUGCGUGUGUGUGUCGUCUGUAGCCGAGGGACCCUGCAACUCAGUGAGCCGAUGGCCGUGUGGAUACUGCGCGAGCUCACCGGCCUGCUGAUCAACCUCGACGAGCAGUAAGGAGAAGGAGAACACAGACGCCACCGAGAGUCUCGCCACACACCUGUUUUCCUCUGUUUCAUUCAGCGGCAUCACCCAUGGCUCCCUGACGAUCGACCGCGUCAGCCUCAAGCCGGUGCAGCGUGCUGACGACGUCGAGUGAAUGAUGUGGUGUCGUGUGUGUGGUGUUUGCAGGCAGCAAGGCC